AGGACAGAGGCAAGGUCUCAAAAACCGAGCCCAGCACCAACCCACACAGCCCUGUGUAUGUGCCAGAUCCCACGUCUACAAGCAAGCGGGGGUGACAUGGAGCUGACCCAUCACCAGCAGUCCCUUGACUCUCUGGAAUACAUCUGCACCAAGGACCUGGGGACAGUGACGUCACUCCUCCUUAUCCAGCUGCCCACACCUUGGCCCCUCCACCCGGGCUCCAGGGACCAGGUCCCAGUGGGCAUGGCAGAGGCCCCAAGCCCGGGCAGUAGCACGAGCAGCGCUGAGAGUAGUCAGUGACCUGAUGAGUAACAACAGCAGUUGAAGUGGUGACAGUAAUGACCGUAUUAGUGCUGUAGCGACAACCGUAAUAGCAAUUAUAGCAGCAAGAGCAGCAGGAGUAUGAUGGCAAGCGCAGACAACGCACGUCCUGACAACAGCAACAACAUCCCACCAGGGUCUGCGGAUGUAGGUCCCGAUGACAUCAUUGUGAUCGCGCUAUAUGAUUAUGAGGCCAUUCACCAUGAAGACCUCAGUUUCCAGAAGGGAGAUCAGAUGGUGGUACUGGAAGAGUCUGGGGAGUGGUGGAAGGCUCGAUCCCUGGUGACCCGGAAGGAAGGCUACAUCCCAAGCAACUAUGUUGCCCGCAUUAACUCUCUGGAGACAGAGGAGUGGUUCUUCAAGGACAUCAGCCGGAAGGAUGCAGAGCGCCAGCUCCUGGCCCCUGGCAAUGUACUGGGUUCCUUCAUGAUCCGGGACAGCGAGACCACCAAAGGAAGCUAUUCUCUGUCUGUGCGAGACUACGACCCCCAGCACAGGGACACGGUGAAGCAUUACAAGAUCCGGACCCUGGACAGCGGGGGCUUCUACAUCUCCCCACGGAGCACCUUCAAUACCCUGCAGGAGUUGGUGGCCCACUACAAGAAGGGGAGUGACGGACUCUGCCAGAAGCUGACGGUGCCCUGCGUGUCCUCCAAGCCCCAGAAGCCAUGGGAGAAAGAUGCCUGGGAGAUCCCCCGGGAAUCCCUCAAGAUGGAGAAGAAACUUGGAGCGGGGCAGUUUGGGGAAGUCUGGAUGGCCACCUACAACAAGCACACCAAGGUGGCCGUGAAGACGAUGAAGCCGGGAAGCAUGUCGGUGGAGGCCUUCCUGGCAGAGGCCAACCUGAUGAAGACCCUGCAGCACGACAAGCUAGUGAAGCUGCACGCGGUGGUCACAGAGGAACCCAUCUACAUCAUCACGGAGUUCAUGGCCAAAGGAAGCCUGCUGGACUUCCUGAAAAGUACAGAGGGCAGCAAGCAGCCAUUGCCCAAGCUCAUUGACUUCUCAGCCCAGAUUGCAGAAGGCAUGGCCUUCAUCGAGCAGAGGAAUUACAUUCACCGAGAUCUCCGAGCUGCCAAUAUCCUGGUCUCUGCAUCCCUGGUGUGUAAGAUCGCCGACUUUGGCCUGGCACGUGUCAUCGAGGACAAUGAAUACACAGCUCGGGAAGGAGCCAAGUUCCCCAUCAAGUGGACAGCUCCUGAAGCCAUCAACUUUGGCUCUUUCACCAUCAAGUCAGAUGUCUGGUCCUUUGGUAUUCUGCUGAUGGAGAUCGUCACCUAUGGCCGGAUCCCUUACCCAGGGAUGACAAACCCAGAGGUGAUCCGGGCGCUGGAGCGUGGGUACCGCAUGCCUCGACCAGAGCACUGCCCUGAGGAGCUCUACAGCAUCAUGACACGCUGCUGGAAGAACCGCCCUGAGGAGCGGCCCACCUUCGAAUAUAUCCAGAGCGUGCUGGACGACUUCUACACGGCCACCGAGAGCCAGUACCAACAGCAGCCAUGAUGGGCAAAUCCGGGUGGGGCCAGGUACUCAGCUGAUGCCUAAGGGGUGGCUCUAGCACAGCCUGCCUGGUCCUGCUCACCGUUCCCCACAGACACCGGCCCGCCCCACCUCGGUCCAGCCACAGUUCCGCAUCUGUCAAGUGGUUUGAACCGGACAGUCUCUUUUUUGACUCCAGCAGUCUACAAUCUGCCGUCCUCAGGAGACCCCAAGUUGAUAUGUCUAUUGCCUGGGACAGGCACUACUGUGGUUGCUAUGGGAAAAUUUAAAAAUGAUGGAAUAAAUAUUUAAAUAAAAGACACAAAGGCUAAAGGCUUUACUGACAGA